CGAAAAUCGUCGGCUCAAGCCCGUUCUCUGGGCCCUGCUCGAUCUACCAGACACCCUUGAUGUUGUCAGCUUCACUCCGGCGCGCAGCGGCACGUAGAUGCGUUGAUACGGCGACGUUGCGCUUCCGUGGCUUGUCCUCGUCGACUUGCGUGCGCGCUGGAUUUGGUUUGCGCACGAACCGCACAUCCCAGCAAGGCGACGGCAACAAACACAACAGCAACAGCUACGCGACCGAAAGGUUUUUCAAGGACGACUUGCCGCACAGCGAGGAGCUCGAAAGGUCCGUCAGCCAACGGUUCGGGCUCGGGGCGAAACGGGCGACGUCGGGCAGGGACGAAGUCCAGAGGGACUUCCGGUCGGGCCGGCGUCGCGAUACGCGCGAGGGCGGCGCUCGCGAGCGCGUGGUAGAUGACAGUCCCAUCGCCAAGCACGAAGCGACGCUCUUCCUCGCCAACCUGCCCUGGAAGACGACCGAAGACGAGCUCCGCGAGUUCUUCGGCGAGGACAAGGUGGCGGACGUGAAGUUGGCGGUCCACGGGAACGGGUUGCCAGCCGGCACGGCGCACGUCCAAUUCGCCUCCGUGGACGACGCGCGCAACGUCUUGGACGAGCAUCGUAACUCGCAGAUAUAUUUGGGAGGGCGCGGCCUCACCGUCCUGUGGGCGGUCUCCAAGGACCGGGUCCUGCCCCAGAUCUCGACGGUGUUCAUCGGCGCGCUCCCCUCCGGAACGACGGAGGACGAUCUGCGCCGGCACAUCGGAUUCCUCUCCUCCCCAAGCACCGACAUCAGCCACGUGCACGUUCGUGACUUGCAAGAUGGCUCGGCGUCGUAUGCCUACGUUACGUUCUCUUCCCAGGAGCAAGCCGACGCUUUCGUCCAAGCGCACAGAACGCAAUCUCCCGUAGAAGUCGGCGGCAAACGUGCGGCGGUGUUCUACAAGCCGACCGCGAGUGUCAUGGCUCGCCGACGCGCGAUGGAGCACAUGCCGCCGAGCCCGACGCUCUUCGUCGGCAACCUCAGCUUCCAAGCCGAAGAGGAAGACGUGCAGGACCUCUUCGAAGACUUCGGCGUCGUCGAGUCCGUCACGCUCGGUCGCGGUAAGGACGGCCGGAUGGCCGGCUUCGCGCACGUCGAGUUCAAGUCGAUCGAGGACGCCCUGCGCGCGAUGGAGCGGCACCAAGAGAGCCCCCUGGCCCACGCCGAGCGCACCCUCACCUUGGACUGGGCGCACCGCCCGAGCUGGUCGCCCCAGACCACGCCCGACGCGCACUACAUGCGCAACGCGAACCCGCCCACCAACACCCUCUUCUUGGGCAACCUGCCGUUCAACGGCACCGUGGCCGACCUCGAGGGCAUGAUGCGGAACGUCGGAGACGCGCCGACGCCGAAGGAGGUCCGAAUCGCGAUGUCGCCGGACGGCAGUUCGCGGGGGUUCGGGCAUAUGAAGUUCGAUUCGGUGGAGGAGGCGCAGCGGGCGAAGGCGGCGCUCGAGGCCGAGCGCGCCGUGCUCGGCGGUCGCCGGCUCGUGGUCGAUUUUGCGCCCGAGCGCGAGCAUGUCAAGAGGCCCGUGCUCGUUAUAUCCGGAUGGGAGGGAUCGCGGGAGCGGCUCGAGGAGAUCUUCGAGGAGUUCAAGCAGGAUAUCACGACGUACCUGCUGAGGAGCGCGGACCAAGAUGGCGGCAAAUGGAAGGCGCCUGCGGAGGCGAAGAAGCAGGAGGCGUUUGUUUACUUCAAGGACGUCGGCAGCGCGGAGCGCGCGAGGAAGGCGCUCAAUCAAACCGAAAUCGCGCCCGGGGAGGUGCUCCAUAUCGGCGUCCCGAAGUCGUAUCCGAACCCGAACCGGGUAUCGAACACGAGGAACAAACGCGGUAAGCCGCGUUACGGGCUGAGUUCACGCGAGUGAGAAAAAAAAAACCCCGUUUUUCUGUGGCGUUCGGAUAUUGGGGGGGAUGCCGCGGUUUGACAUCCUUGGGCUUAUCAGGGCGCCUCGCACUUGCUAUACCAUAUGCUUUGUCAUAAUCUCUACAGUGCAAUGUAAUAUCCUCGACCAUGGGACAUAUAUGCACUGCGCUACCUCACCG